CAAGGUCCCAGACAGUUACGUCAUCCGCGUCAUUCGAUGACUCAAAAAGUGAAAAUAUUAUUUUCCCAUUUUAUAAACGUUUACUCUAACUAUACAGCAUCUUAUUUAUACAAGUGCUAUAGGCAAAAAUAAAGCAAAGUUUACAAAUGAAUAAAAAAUAUCAAGUGGUAAAAUCGAAUAAAUCGGACAGGCACCUAACCUAAAACAACAAAGCCAUACAAAAUGAAUUACAAGAAAAUCCUGUGUCUUCUACUGGUGUUUUCUAUCGGAAACUGUGAUGAACACGAAAGGCCAAUUGAAAAUACCAUAUUCGUGCCGAAAUGUUGCCAGCAGGAUCAAAUAUUUUUAGGAAAAUACUGCACUUCGGUUAAUAAAACCAAUCAGUGGCACCCCUUGUUUACCUCCGAAAUCGGAAAGCCUAACUUGCAAGUUAACCACAGAUUGAUAAUUGGCAUGCCCAACUGUGGGCAUAUGCAGUUAUGGCCUAUUUAUCACUACCAGGCUUCAGCAGAUAAAUUAAGACUGCUCCCAAAUGGGAUUUUAAGACAUUACUUUGAUACUCAAGUUCCUAACGAAUUUGAGGCUGACAAUGAAUAUACAAAUACUCUGGAAGAAAGCAAAUUGUACCAUGAUUAUCCGAUCAAUAAAUAUUGCUUAGAUAAGAGAAUUGAUGGGGUUUUAAUAAGCGAGUUUGCAUGGGUGUGCACUCCUGAUCAUAAAGAUCAAUGGGCAAGCAAUGAAUUUCUAAUGUACAAUAUUAUUAGCCCUAUUACACAUGGAAUUACCAUUAUCUGCCUUUUGGCGAUAGCCAUAAUAUACUUCAUAAUGCCAACAUUACGCGAUUUGGCAGGGAAUAUUGUUACAACAAUCUGUAUGUGCCUUAUUGUAAGUCAAAUUGCGGACUUAGUGAGACUUUUAACAGUAUUUAAAAGCCAUAUAAGUCUGCUAAUAGCAGAAACGAUUUGUUAUAUCAGCCUUUUAGGUGCCUUCUUUUGGUUAAAUAGUUUAGGAUUUUACAUCUGGAAAACAUUUAGAUCGAGAAAUGUGUUUCUCAGAAUAACAGACGGGAAAAAGUAUUGUUACUAUGGGGCAUAUGCAUGGUCUUGCACAAUUAUACUGGGAUGCUUGGCAAUGUUUGCUCAUUUUACGAUGGAUUAUGCAGACUUGUCAAGUGAAAUUACUGUUGAUCAGCCCAGAGAACAAAUUGGUUCUUUGGCAAUGAUUAUAUUUUUCGUGCCGGUAGCAUUCACUGUACUGGCAGAUGUAUUUUUCUUUGUAACCACUCUUAAGAAAAUUAAUCGAAUGCACACUUAUGGCAGAAUACAUCACAAAUUGCGACACAGUUUCAGAAUGUUCAUUUUGCUACUUCUCAUAAUGACGCUAUGCUGGCUUUUCUUCUUAUCUUCAUUCUCAAAAUAUGAAGCCCUAAUUAACAGUCACAUAUUAAUUAACACAUUGCUGGGACCUCUUAUGAUUUAUAUUUGUGUUAUUAACCAGGCGCAUGUUUCCUUUGUGUUAAAAAAAUCAUGUUGUUACCAAAAUUGUAUAUUUCCCUGUUGUCGUCCGGAGCCCGACAAUGAAUGGGGAGAUGAAAUGACUGCUAUGAACAGUGAUUACUAUGUCGAGUCGCACAGCUUCAAGCCCACUCAUUAAAGAGGUAGGUCAGAUGGAGACGUGUUUUCCAUGAAUCUCAUGUAUGUCUUAAGUUACAUUGGAAAUAUUAUUUAAGAAAAGUGUGGGGAUAUAAAGUUUAAUAAAUUAAUAUAUUUUUAAUGCUUGACUAACAUUGAGUUAUGAACAGUGUGUGAGUACAAUGUUUCAACUACUUGAAUGGAUGAGAAUGUUAUAGCAGUAAUGUGUAUGUAACUUUCUCAAUUAAAUGUUUUUCCUUUGGGAUUAUUAUUAUAUUAAUAAUGUAACAAAUCACGUCAAUUGGAAUAAUUCCGAUUAAAUUCUGUUCAUUCAGCGUGCGUUUUAUCCCGUAAUAAAUUAGGCAGUUCUUUCUAAAAGUUACUGUCCACUUUGAAUUAAUUUGACUUGUGAUACGAAAACAGCUAACAAAAGAUCUGAUAUACAAUAACUAGAAUUAAAUUAUACUUUGUUUUAUCAAUUAAGCGUUGCUUUAUUUUUGUAGAGAUUGCGAAAUAAAAUCGGCGUUUAGGGACCAAUUUAUUAAAAUAAAAGUAUUUGUAUUAAUCGAGUUGGUAGCAAUUGUUAAUGAAUUUAAUAUUAUGGUUGAGUACACAGUAUUACUUAAGAUACACCUAUACAUGUACUUAAUUUUUAUUAAAUCAAUAUUCUUGUAUUA